AUGGCGGACUUCGUCAAGCUCAGCAUCUUCGGAACCGUGUUCGAGGUGACCACGCGAUAUGUGGACUUGCAGCCAGUCGGCAUGGGAGCUUUUGGCUUGGUAUGCUCUGCAAAGGAUCAGCUGACCAGCACCAGCGUAGCCAUCAAGAAGAUCAUGAAACCAUUCUCGACUCCUGUGCUGUCGAAGAGGACGUACAGAGAGCUGAAGCUGCUGAAACACAUCAGGCACGAGAAUAUCAUCUCCCUGUCCGACAUCUUCAUUUCCCCGCUCGAAGACAUCUACUUCGUUACUGAAUUGUUGGGCACAGACUUGCAUAGAUUGCUUACAAGUAGACCAUUGGAGAAGCAGUUCAUUCAGUACUUCUUGUAUCAGAUUUUGAGAGGGUUGAAAUACGUGCACUCGGCAGGCGUGGUGCACCGAGACUUGAAACCCUCGAACAUCUUGGUGAACGAGAAUUGCGACUUGAAGAUUUGCGACUUUGGAUUGGCUAGAAUUCAGGACCCUCAGAUGACUGGCUAUGUCAGCACGAGGUACUACAGAGCUCCUGAAAUCAUGUUGACGUGGCAAAAGUACGAUGUCGCCGUCGACGUCUGGAGCGCGGGAUGCAUCUUUGCAGAAAUGCUGGAAGGCAAGCCACUCUUUCCAGGAAAGGAUCAUGUCAACCAAUUCUCCAUCAUCACCGAGCUGCUCGGCACUCCACCCGACGAGGUCAUCAAGACGAUCUGCAGCGAAAAUACGUUGCGAUUCGUGCAAUCCUUGCCAAAGAGGGAAAGAAUUCCCUUUUCACAAAAGUUCAGGAACCAAGAUCCGGUCGCGCUGGACUUGUUGGAAAAGAUGCUGGUCUUCGAUCCCCGAACUCGCAUCACUGCGGCCGAAGCUUUGAGCCAUCCCUAUCUCGCGCCUUAUCACGACCCAUCAGACGAGCCAGAGGCCGAAGAGGCCUUCGAUUGGUCAUUCAACGAUGCUGAUCUGCCUGUGGACACGUGGAAGGUGAUGAUGUACAGCGAGAUUCUUGAUUUCCACAACAUUGAUGAUGCCAAUGCUCAGGCAGAAGGAGCAGUGCCGCCGGCGAACAAUUAG